AUGGUUUCCUCAUAUUUCGAGCCAGUUGGAGUCUGCGCCGAAAAUUCCUUCGAGAUGAACAGUGAUUCGCUGGGGAGGAUAAAGCCGGUGGCCCGAUGCCGUGGGGUCCAGCUCAUCCGGGACCUUUAUGUGGAAACGCCAUCCUCUUCAAAUGGCCCUUCCCGGGAGGGCCCCAGGCCACUGUCCACCAGAGAGGGCCAGGCGGUGUACCCCCAGCUCCGACCAGGCUACAUCCCCAUCCCUGUGCUCCACGAAGGUGCCGAGGGCCGACAGCCACAUCCUUUCCACGCCUAUGCCUCGCCUGCGACGCAGAGAUUCCGAACCGAGGCAGCCACCGCAGCUCCCCAGAGGUCCCAGUCCCCGCUGCGGGGUGCGGCGGAUGCCACCCAGCCAGAUAAACACUGUGGACCCGCGGCGGCAGCAGCCCCGCCCCCGGCCGCCCUCGGACCCGAGCGGUCCCAGUCUCCAGCUGCCUCCGACUGCUCAUCCUCGUCGUCCUCGGCCAGCCUGCCCUCCUCCGGCAGGGGCAGCCUAGGCAGUCACCAGCUCCCCCGGGGCUACAUCCCCAUCCCCGUGAUACACGAGCAGAACGUCACCCGGCCGGCAGCCCAGCCCUCCUUCCACCAAGCCCAGAAGACGCACUACCCAGCCCCGCAGGGUGAAUACCAGACCCACCAGCCUGUGUACCACAAGAUCCAGGGCGACGACUGGGAGCCCCGGCCCCUGCGGGCCACGUCGCCGUUCCGCCCGCCCGCCCGGGGGGCGUCCAGCCGAGAGGGCUCCCCAGCCAGGAGCACCACGCCGGUGCCCUCGCCGGUGCCCUUCCGUGUGCACACCAUGGUGGACAGGCCUCAGCAGCCCAUGGCCCAGCGGGGGCCUUCACCUGUUCCCCAACCUGAAAGCAAGCCAGAAAGCAAGCCGGGCCCAGCUGGACCUGAUCUCCCCCCUGGACACAUCCCCAUUCAAGUGAUCCGCAAGGAGGUGGAUUCCCAGCCUGUUUCCCAGAAGCCCCCACCUCCCUCCGAGAAAGUGGAGGUGAAGGUGCCCUCUGCGCCUGCUCCUGGUCCCCCCAGCCCCGCCGCUCCUGCCGCGCCUGCCUCCCCCAAGAACGUGGCUGCAGAAGAGAAAGCAGCCCCCAGCCCUGCCCCUGCCGAGACCACACCCCCCAAGCCAGGAGGGGCUGAGGCACCGCCAAAACACCCAGGUGUGCUGAAAGUAGAAGCCAUCCUGGAGAAGGUUCAGGGGCUGGAGCAGGCCGUGGACAACUUCGAAGGCAAGAAGACCGACAAAAAGUACCUGAUGAUAGAAGAGUACUUGACCAAAGAGCUACUGGCCCUGGAUUCCGUAGACCCCGAGGGACGAGCCGACGUCCGUCAGGCCCGGAGAGACGGCGUCAGGAAGGUCCAGACCAUCUUGGAAAAACUGGAACAGAAAGCAGUGGAUGUCCCAGGGCAGGUCCAGGUCUACGAACUCCAGCCCAGCGGCCUCGAGUCCGACCGGCCGCUGCAGGAAAUCAUAGAGAUGGGAGCCGUGGCAGCAGGCAAGAGUCAGAAGAGUGCUGGGAGCGGAGAAGAGCCCCACCCCCAGCCCCAGCCGCCAGAGGCCAAAGAAGGGGCAACGCCAAACCCCAGCAGCACGACAGACCCGGCCGGAAACCCGGCUGCGCCCUAGUCCCGCUGCGCCCGGCUUGGGCCUGGGGACCGGCGCUGGCGUGUGCUCUAGGCGAUUUGAAGUUGCAUGCAUUUCAGAGACUCCAGAUCAGUCGGUUUUUACUACUCGUAGCUGCUUGAUCCGUAGUAACCCGGGUGGAGGUGAAACACGCUGAUUAAAGGGCUAAGAGGAAAGUGACGCUUUUCUUCUGUCUUCUCACCCUGGACCGUAAAGAAGUUGCUAGUUUCGAAAGUUGAACCCCAUCGCUUGUUGUUUGGGGUCCCUGUCUGUGCCGGGGCACCAUGUAUAGGCCAUGGCUGUGAGCGCUGGACUGAAGGAGUUUGGGGGACAGAUGGGGAAUCGAAUUCCCAUCACAUAAGUAAAAAACCCAUUUUUCAGAAACGUUGCCGUUUCAAUGGGAUGAGUCUCUUCAUCUCAUAGCUGAAAUACUUAGCUAGGACGAAAUGUGUAAGGAGCAUAGGGAUAUCUGUAUGUUGAGUGACUUUAAAUGCUACAUUUUAAGAAAAGAAAAUAAAAUAAUGUAACGCAAUGUGUCUGGUUUCUAAAACUCUGAAAAGAGCAAAGUCUCUUCCCGACUUCAGUAAAUUGAAUGGCAGAGGUGUGACAAGCCGGGCCUGGGCCUUGUCGCACUCCACCUGCCCAGCUCGGAGGGACAAGUGGCGGUCACGUUCCAGUCUCCAGUUGCAGCUAGACCAGGAGACGCGGCUGUGGACCAGGACAUGAGUGCGCCUAACACCUCCCCAGACUGGCCCAGGCGCGUGGGGCCUGUGGACAGUGGCUCUGCCC